AUGAUGUCGUUGAUAAUCGUGGCUAUGCUUCUGUGUGCGGGACUCAGUUCCCCCCUAGUCAUUCGCCAAUCCUGCCAUGUUCAGGACGCAGCUCACACCUUCUACGGAUUCCCCGACAACGAUCCCCCCGGCUGUGUGAUCGCAUACGAUUGCGGCCGAGGUCUGACAGCCGGUGGAGCUGGAACCUUCAACGACCCGUUAACCUUCGCCUCAGCCCCAGGCGAGUUUCAGAUCUGUGAAAUCAUCUAUGACCCCUAUCUGCGCAAGUACCUUCGCAUGGAGGAUUCCUGUGACUCUUGCAAUCGGGACUGGGCCAAUAAGGUCUGGCAUAUCGAUAUCUGGACAGGAUCCAGUACUGUCAAUGGAGGAAAUGAUCAGGUCAAUUGUGAAAACCGAUUGACCCCGGCACCGCAGCAUAAACCUAUCAUUCGAGGACCGGGGCCUAAUCUACCCGUGGACGGUAGGCGCUUCUUUCUUUGUCACGAUAGAUUUUUUGUCGCGGUGUAUAUGUUGACUGGCUAUAGCGACACCCCUCUAUGUUACGUCCGUUUGCAACGCUGGAAGCGUACUUUCCAGUUAUGA